UGCUAGGAGAGCAGUCACAGAAAUCAUAAAUGUCUCGCCAAUCAUAUGGAAGCACGUAGUGAAGUUCAGAGCAUCUGAUGCAUGCAUGGUUGAAUCCCAAAAAGUUCCCACUCGUAUUCAGAUGGGCUGUCCAAAUUCCUUCUAUCAUGCUUGCUUGGGAAUGCCAGAAGGCAACGUUCAAUUGAUAUGUACUGUGCAGAAUUAAAGUGUGUUUAAUGCCCUACGAGUCUUUUCCAGUCCACCAAGAUCUUGCAUCAGCCCCCAAUUCCCACGUCUUCUUCUUCCUCUGUAUAUAUGGAUGGGCCUCUGAAUAUUCCAGUUACUGUAACUGGAAAGCCACGAAAAGGGUUUAUGUCCUUAUUGUCACUUACAGAGCAUAGCGAGAGAAUGAAGGGAAUUGGAGAGUCUGGUGAUGAUAGAAUUAGCCAGCUUCCUGAAAAUGUGAUACAUCACAUUCUAAUGCUGCUACCAAUAAAAGAUGCAGCAAGAACAGCUUUCAUGUCAACAAUAUGGAGGCGUCAUUGGAGAAGUAUUCCUCGACUUGUGUUCGAUAAUGGUUUUGCUCGUAUCACUGAACCGAGUAUGAUGGGCAAGUUAAUUCUGAAGAUUUACAAAUCUCUACUGGUUCAUGAUGGGCCAAUCUCGAAGUUCGUGCUUGCUGUUCCUGGAUUAACCCCCUGCGAUGAACUUGAUCAUAUCAUUUUUCAUCUUUCUGGCAGAGGUGUCCAAGAAUUUACCCUUGUGCUUUCUAUUGUGGCCGGUCAUAUUUACAAGCUCCCUUCCUCGUUGUUUACUACUCGGCUGAAUUGUUUGCAUCUGGAAGGUUGUUUGUUUAUUGUACCACCAUGGUUUGUGGGGUUUAGUAAGCUUACGAAACUUGAACUACGUAAUGUAAACCUGCCAUCUGAUUUCUUCGAGAGUUUCCUUCCAAAGUGCCCAUUGCUUCGAGAAGUGAACCUGUCCCACUGCGAGGGUCCUACAAAUCUUGAACUAGAUGCUCCAAGACUCAUGUUAUUCGUCUUUUUUGGGAAUCGUUUGCAGAAAAUGUUCUUCAAGCGUACUCCACUUCUAUCAGCUCUCGCUCUUAAUGUAGAUGUGUUCCAAAAGCCUAAUGUGGUAGAUUUAUUUGCUUCGCUGCCAGCACUACAGAUGUUGGGCAUACUACCAGAUUUAUUGCGAGUACUUGCUAAUGGAGGUCAUAUCCCUAGCAGGUUUCCUAAGCCUCUUUAUCGAUUGCAACUCCUGCAUGUGUCUGGUCUUCUCUUGGCUAGUUUGGAGAUGCAGCGUGUUCUUGCUUGUAUCAUCAUGAGCUCCCCCAACUUGCACACCCUUGUGAUCCAGCAUCUUAAGGUGUUCAAAAUCAAUGAUAGUCUGGGGGGACAGUUUGAGAUGGAGCUGGUGAGGCUCAUACUUGCCACUGCCCCGCUGCUUUUGAGGAUUCAAAUUCAUCCUUAUCAUCGACUGAGCUCUAAAAAGGUUACCAAAUUUAUGAAGGAGGUGAUGCAAUAUAAGCGUAUUUCUAAAGAGGCAGAGAUCAUAUAUGAAUGGAACGACGAGGAGGAUUGA